GUGACCAAUUGCCAUCGUUCUAGAAUUGCUAACAUCUAUUAUCUAUUUUAUUUAUACAUCUGUUUCAAGAAAAAUAAAUAUAAGUAAUGCUCUGUUUUUAUUUCUAAUAAUGUAUUUACCUUAAUACAAGUAUAAUAUUUAAUGUACGAUGAAACAAAUAUUGUUCAUUCUGCUUCUGAUACAGGUGUCCAAGAUUGUAACAAAGAGUGAACAAUUACUACAUUAUGUUAGUGACGAUGUCCCAGGUGGUUCUUAUAAAUAUUAUAGUCUAAUGUAUGACGGUCUUGUCAAGAUAUCUUUGACAUCCCAAACUGGUGAUGCAGAUUUGUAUGUAUCACAGUCAACAACCAAACCAACUUAUGAACCUGAACAUUAUUGUUUGCAGUCUACAACUUGUGGGGAAGAUAUAAUUUAUAUACCGCAGGGAUUUAAAAGACCUGUGGGUAUCGGUGUUUAUGGACAUCCAUCUCAUGAAUUAAGCAAAUAUACACUUUUAGUAUAUAGAGUGGUCACAUUGAGGGAUGCUGAAAUUGAUGAACAAAAUCUCAGUAGUAAUUUUGAUACAGAACAAACAUUUUUUUCCAAUCCAAUCAUGUUAGAAUAUGAGAAUCAAAUGUUUCUGGAGGUUCUCCAAGAAGACGGUUUAGUUAUUGCAGCCAAGGGUUUGGGUUUGGAUACUGUGUUCAUGAAUAUAAUGAAAGUAUAUUCAGAUCCAGGCAAUCUAGUUAUAGUUCUAGGCACCACAGAUUACGAUGAACAAUAUUUCAUAGAAAAACUUCGAUCUGUUGGUUUAAAAUUUUUACCACGCAUUAUCACUGCACAGUUUCCAUCUAAUGAACGGGAAUUAAUGUAUUUGGAGGGAGGUGUUUUGUUUGUAUCUGGUAGAAUUUUGGUUGUUGAUUUAUUGAAAAAGCGAUUACCGAUUCAUCUGGUUACUGGGAUGUUAGUAUACAGAGCUCAUACCAUACUAAACGCAUGUCAAGAGGCAUUUGCACUUCGUCUUUACAGACAAAAUAAUAAGACUGGAUUUAUCAAAGCGUUUACAAACUCAGCACUGGCUUUUACUAUUGGAUUUGCUCAGGUUGAACGAGUCAUGAAAACGUUGUUUGUCAAAAAUUUAUAUUUGUGGCCUCGAUUUCAUGUCACAGUAAGCAGUAGUUUAUCGAAACAUAAGAUUGUUGUUACUGAGUUGCACGUGAAACUUACACCUAAAAUGUUGAAAAUUCAGUCAUCAUUGUUAGAUAUUAUGAAUUAUAUUGUCAAGGAAUUGAAGAAUACAAACAAAUAUCUCGACUUGGAUGAAAUCACAACUGAAAAUGCAAUGGCUAAAAAAUUUCACAAGCAGCUGCAGCUUCAACUGGAUCCCAUUUGGCAUCAACUCAGUUUUCGAACAAAACAAUUAAUUGCAGACCUUAAAACUUUACGUUCACUUCUAAUAUGUUUAACUCACGAGGAUUCAGUUUCAUUCUAUGAAAAGUUUUAUCGAUUGCGAACUACGGAUUAUGCAAUGAAUAGCAGCGGGUGGCUUCUCUUGGAUACUGUUGAAAAUCUUGUGGCCUAUGCAAGGGACAGAGUGUAUGAUAAUAAAAAAGAAUUGAAGCCAGAGCCAUGUCCCAAGUGGAGUGCUUUAUCCGAAAUACUAAGAGAAAUUCAAGAUAAUAUCGUGAAACAGAAAACUGAUGAAAAGGUUGAUACAGUAUUAAUUCUCGUGCAAGAUCGUAAUACGUGUGAUCAAGUGAAAAAAUAUUUGACUAUGGGUGCUACAAAAUAUUUGAGUCUGAAAGCUGAAAAAUUGCAGUCGCUGAAUAAAACUAGCAAAGAUAAUUUAUCAAAAAAUGAUGGUAUAGAAUCGAAGGACACAGACAACGAAGAAGAGACCAAAGAGAGCUAUGUACUUUCAUUGUCACAAAAACCCUCAGGAACAAAUCAAUCUGAUGUUGUGGAAGGUGAACCACUAUGUCAAGAUUAUUUCGACGAUUGUUCAGAGCUUGCUGAUAUCGAUUUGACUGCUAUUGGAACUCCUAAUUUACCUAUAGUCAUUGUACAAUCACUGAAAAAACAUGGCGAUCCAAUGGCUUUGCAAAGAAUACUUUCAGAAAAGGUGCCUCGUUACAUUGUCAUGUAUGCUGCAGAUAUUUCAGCCGUGAGGCAACUCGAGGCAUAUCAGAACAACAAUCCAUCGAUACAAUUGAAUGUGUAUUUCUUGAUCUAUGGUGGAUCUGUAGAAGAACAGGCAUAUCUUACAUCUUUGCGUAGAGAAAAAGAAGCUUUCGAUAUGUUGAUUAAUACAAAAACAACAAUGGUAGUCCCUGCAGAUCAAGAUGGGAAAUCCGACGAAUGUUUAGCUCUUAUAAGAGAAUCAGGCAGUGCAUUUGAAGAUGCUGAAAAUACACGAAAAGGGGGGAUCCAAGGGGAUAAUACUAAAGUCGAAGAGAGAGUAAUCGUUGAUAUGAGGGAAUUUAGAAGCGAAUUGCCAGCUCUCUUACAUAAACGUGGGAUAGAGAUAGAGCCAGUGCAGCUUUUGAUUGGUGAUUACAUUUUAUCACCGGAAAUCUGUGUAGAACGGAAAAGCAUCUCUGAUCUGAUUGGCUCCUUAAAUUCAGGCAGAUUGUACAAUCAAGCAGUUGCUAUGACUCGACACUAUACCAAACCAAUGUUACUUAUAGAAUUUGAUCCAAACAAACCAUUUUGUUUUCAGGGACACUACUACAUUAGCAAAGAUAUGAAAAAUACGGAUAUAACAGUAAAAUUACAAUUACUCACGUUACAUUUUCCUAGACUGAAAUUAGUCUGGUCGCCAAGUCCACAUGCUACGGCGCAACUUUUUGAAGAACUGAAGCAAGGACGCGAACAGCCAGAUGGAAAUAAAGCAGCACAAAUUGGAAUGGAUGAAAACACCGAAGACAAAGAAAUCAUGGUAGAGAAAUAUAAUUCUCAUGUGCAGGAUUUUCUCGCAAAAUUACCCGGUGUUCAUUCCAAGAAUUUACGUGUAAUAUUGAAUAAAGGCAAAUCACUGGAUCAUCUUGUUAAUUUGACUAUGGAGGAACUUACUGAUAUGUUGAGUAAUACGAACGAUGCUAAGCUGUUGUACAAUGCGCUACAUGAUAAAUUUCUACCAGUGAAGGAUGCAGGCGUUCAGAACCCUCGAGAAUCUUCCAAGCGAGGGAGAGGCAUAUUUCGAAAACGAAAGCAAUAAAAUUCUAAUUUUAGUCCAAUUUGUAUAUUUAUCACUGUGUAAUUAACGUGCAUAUUUGUUUAGUUUAAAUUGUGAGCUGUAUGUGCAUGUUACAAUCGGAUUUAAAGUACUUAAUAAGCUAUAUAUCGUGAUAUAUGUAAUGUAUAUUCUUUGUGUUAUAAAUGAUAUAUUUUGCAAAUAAAAAAUGACACAAAAAUCA